GUAGUCCAGCGCAGCCGUAAUGGCGCUGACAAUUUCUAUGUAGGUCUCACUCAACUAGUGGACUCUGGUCGUACUCGGCAUAUCUGUGUCCCUCCUCUAAGGCCUUUCUGAUUUGGGGGCGUUUUAGUGAACUUACGUUAUGUUGGGAACUGUGGCCAGGACUAUGGUGAAGGCUGGUAUGGUAAAACCCUCCAGCCUGGUAAAGCCAGUGUCUGUGACACGGAUCGCCGGACGCUACUUGGCACACCAGGAGGGUCUCCCUAAGCUACCAGUGCCGCCCCUGCAACAGACAUGCGAUCGCUAUCUUGCUGUCCUGGACCCCAUCAUAGAACCAGAGGAGCUGAAUCACACUCGGAAACUGGUGGAGGAGUUUCAGAAGCCAGGUGGAGUUGGAGAACGACUUCAAAAGGGCCUGGAAGGACGAGCGAAGAAGACGGAGAACUGGCUUUCUGAUUGGUGGUUGCAAACAGCCUACCUGGAAUAUCGGAUGCCUGUUGUUAUAUAUUCAAGUCCUGGGGUCGUCCUUCCUCGUCUAGAGUUUAGUGACAGUCAAGGCCAAAUGAGAUAUGCUGCUAAAUUGAUCGCAGGGGUCUUAGAUUUCAAGACCAUGAUUGACAAUGAAACACUGCCAGUUGAGUAUCUGGGUGGAAAGCAACUAUGUAUGAACCAGUAUUAUCAGGUGCUUUCAUCCUGCCGAAUCCCUGGAACAAAGAGAGACACCGUGGCCAACUACGCAUUGGACAAGAAGUCCCCAACACACAUAACUGUAGUGCACAACUUUCAGUUUUUCGUGCUGGAUGUGUACAACAGUGAUGGCAUACCACUGACAGUAGAUCAGAUCUACUUCCAGUUGGAGAAGAUCUGGAACUCCUCUUUGGAGACCAACAAAGAGCCUAUUGGCAUCCUCACCUCCAACCACCGCAACAGCUGGGGCAAAGCCUACAACAACCUCAUUAAGGACAAGACUAAUAAAGAGUCAGUGAGAGCCAUUCAGGAGAGCAUUUUCACGAUUUGUUUGGACGCUCCGAUGCCACGCGCAUCUGAUGACAUGUAUCCGACUCGAGCUGCAGUUCAGAUGUUGCAUGGAGGGGGCAGCAGGUGGAACAGUGGCAAUCGCUGGUUUGACAAAACAUUGCAGUUUAUUAUUGGAGAAGAUGGGAUGUGUGGAAUGAUCUAUGAACACGCCCCUGCUGAAGGCCCACCUAUAGUUGCACUGCUUGACCAUGUGGUGGAAUACACUAAGAAUUCAGAGAUGGUCCGUACUCCAAUGGUCCCUCUGCGUAUGCCUCAGAAACUUUGUUUCAACAUCACUCCGGAGAUCAAAAAUGAUAUUGAGGAGGCCAAGCAAAACAUGAACAUUAUGGUUCAUGACUUAGAUAUGAAAGUCAAUGUAUUCUCCCAUUUUGGCAAAAAUUUCCCUAAGUCACAGAAGAUGAGCCCCGAUGCAUUUAUUCAGAUGGCCCUUCAGCUGGCGUACUACAGGAUGCACAAGCGCUGCUGUCCAACCUACGAGAGCGCAUCUCUCCGCAUGUUCAGACUGGGCCGCACAGACACCAUUCGCUCAACAUCCAUCGACUCGGCAAGGUUCACAAAGGCCAUGGAUGACCCGACUAAACAGAACAUAGAGAAGGUGCGCUUACUGGAGAAAGCCAUUAAAGCACACAGAGCUUAUACAGACAUGGCGGUCCAGGGUCAAGCCAUCGACAGACAUUUGCUUGGAUUGAAACUGCAGGCUAUUGAGGACCUGGCUGCCCUGCCAGAGAUAUUUAUGGAUACCUCGUAUGCUGAAGCACUACAUUACAACCUCUCCACCAGCCAGGUGCCAGCUAAAACUGACUGUGUGAUGUGCUUCGGUCCUGUGGUACCAGACGGUUACGGUGUGUGCUACAACCCCAUGGAAUCCCACAUAAAUUACUCGGUUUCUGCAUUCAACAGCUGUGAGGACACAAACGCAUCACAAAUGGCCCAGGCUCUAGAGGACGCUCUCAUAGACAUGAAGACCCUUCUGGAGCAGACGCCCAAGUCUAAGCUUUGAGCACACUUUGACAUUUCAUUGAGCACUCGACAAGAAGAGACUUUUGUUUUGUAUGUAAUUAAGACUGAAGUUGGCUGGACUUCAUGAAUAUUCAGCAGCCUGAAUAAUCUUAAACUUUGUUCAUGUGCAUCAGUUUGUGUUUGUUCAAACUGACAAGAAGUCAAAUUGGUUUGUCAAUCAGGUUUUGCUGUUUUUAUUUGCUUUGGUUUUCUCAAUACAAUGUACCAGAUAUACGUAGCUGGGAAUUUUGCAAUGAAAAUAAUUAUCUAAUAAUGAAACAAAUUACAAAAAAAUGAUCAACUUAUGAGUUAAACACUGUUUUAAAUGCCAUAAUGUAAAUACAGACAUUUUUAAAGCAUUGAUUUUGUAGUUCUGAACAACACUUCUGUAAUUUGCACAAUAAAAUGAUUUUGAUAAAUAUAAA